GCAGCAUCCCGCAGCCUGCCGCCGCCAGGUUGUGCUUCAGACUGUCAGAUAAAGCGGCGGGCCGGGCCGGUAGGGUUGUGAGCACGGCCCGGGCCGGACAUGGCGGCGCUCUACGCCUGCACCAAGUGCCACCAGCGCUUCCCCUUCGAGGCGCUGUCUCAGGGGCAGCAGCUGUGCAAGGAAUGUCGGAUUGCACACCCUGUUGUGAAGUGUACCUACUGUAGGACUGAGUACCAGCAGGAGAGUAAAACCAAUACAAUAUGCAAGAAAUGUGCUCAGAAUGUGCAGUUGUAUGGAACGCCCAAACCUUGUCAGUAUUGCAACAUAAUUGCAGCAUUUAUUGGCAACAAAUGCCAGCGCUGCACAAAUUCAGAGAAGAAGUAUGGACCACCAUAUUCUUGUGAACAGUGCAAGCAGCAGUGUGCAUUUGACAGGAAAGAUGAUAGAAAGAAGGUAGAUGGGAAAUUGCUAUGCUGGCUGUGCACACUUUCAUACAAACGGGUCCUUCAGAAGACCAAAGAGCAGAGGAAGCACCUGAGCAGUUCUUCCCGUGCCAGCCACCAGGAGAAGGAGCAGUACAGUCGACUGAGUGGUGGCAGCCAUUAUAACAGUCAGAAAACACUUUCUACAUCUUCAAUUCAAAAUGAAAUCCCAAAGAAAAAAUCCAAGUUUGAGUCGAUCACAACCAAUGGAGAUAGCUUUUCCCCAGACCUGGCUCUGGACUCACCAGGCACUGACCACUUUGUCAUCAUUGCCCAACUGAAGGAAGAAGUAGCCACUCUAAAGAAGAUGCUGCAUCAAAAGGAUCAAAUGAUUUUAGAGAAAGAGAAGAAGAUCACAGAGCUGAAGGCUGAUUUUCAAUACCAAGAAUCUCAGAUGAGAGCCAAAAUGAACCAGAUGGAGAAAACGCACAAAGAAGUUACAGAACAAUUGCAGGCCAAAAACCGAGAGCUCCUGAAGCAGGCAGCUGCCUUGUCCAAGAGCAAGAAGUCAGAGAAGUCAGGAGCUAUAACCUCUCCAUGAGAGACCCACAAGGACGCUCCUGGCAAUAGCAAUGGAUUCCUGGGUUAGGGUGGCAACUUAGCUGUUCUCUGGGAAUUGCAAGCUUUCUUAAGAAAUCUCUAUUUUACUAUAGUUAUCCUUCUUUGUGCGAUUGCAGUGGGGCUGAGUGGAAACACCUGGUUUGUGCUAUAUUAUGACUGCAUGCUUGAAUGUUUGGGGUUUCAGGCUCGCUCUCUCUCUCUCUCUCUCUCCCACUCCCACUCUCCCUCACUCCCCUUUCUACCCCCAACCCUCCUCUCAGUACUACUGUCUCUCUGUCUGUCUCUCUUUUGUUACUUUUUUAUGUGUGUGUGGUGGUCACUGCUCAGUGUUAUGUGCAGAAUGGUUUGGUUGUUUUUUUUUUUGGUCCAUCAUUGCAUCCUCCCAUACCCAUGAGCAAAUAGUUGGCAUUAAUUACAUAUCACUGCCACCCUCUGAACUUUGAAAACUGCCACCUUAAGACUUGGUACAGUGGAAGAGAAUUUUUCUCUCCAGUAAACCUUUUGCUUCAGGGUAUACUCUUGGGUUUUUUUCCAGGUGUAUUAUGUACUUUGUACUAUGUAUAGCCAGAGUUUUAUUUAUUUUUUAAAAAAAGAAACUUUUUCUUGAUAAAAGAGUAAUGGUAGCCUAGCUUGUUCUUGUAAAAGUGAUGCCUCUUACAAAAAAGUCCUACUCUCUAGCGUUUAGUAAAAGAAUCAGAUCUUUUCUUUCUUGUUACCUUGGAGUCUUAAAAACUGAUUGCUAAGGUGAAACAAUUCAAUAUAUAAGUAUGGAGUUAAGUGCCUUUUGGAGGAUUUCUUGGAAGACCAUGUAAGAAGAUACUUAAGGAAGGUAGCAAAGAUUUGGACAGUCUGUCUUUCUAAGUAAAGGCAGAAAGAAGGGUUGUCCAGGUUGUACUGGACACUUCUCUCCCCCACCCCUUUCUUGAUUGUUUUAUGUGACUGAUUUUAAAUUCUCACACUGCCACCUCUUUUUAAAAAAAUGCCCUUUACUU